AUGGCAUGCCCUCAUGCUUCUGCAGCCGCUUAUGUCAAAUCCUUCCAUCCAUCAUGGUCUCCGGCUACUAUAAAAUCUGCACUUAUAACCACUGAUGCAAUUAAUCCUGGCCUUGUGUAUGAUGCAAAUCUAGCUGACUAUGUGCAGUUCUUGUGUGGGAAAAAUUACACCAACGAACAGUUGAGUCGUAUAACGGGUGACAAAAUCGCUUGCACUCAUUAUGGAAGUCAAACUUCUUUCAAUCUUAACAUGCCUUCAUUUGCAUUACCUUUCGUUCCGUCAAAUACUACUUUUAAUGUCUCCGUUAAUAGGAGUGUUACCAAUGUGGGAUCAUUAAGAACUAUUUACUACGCCGAGAUUCAUACCCCACCUACAUUCACAAUAAGAGUUGUACCGAGCACACUUUCUUUCACUAACAUCGGACAAAUUAAGUCAUUUACAUUGAGUGUUGAGGGAAUAAUGAAUCAUAUGACAGCGGUUUCAGCUUCUUUGUCAUGGAUAAGUAGCACAAACAAAGAGUAUAUAGUGUACAUGGGAGACUUGAAUCCAUCUGCAGGCAUCCCUACACCUAUAUUGCAUUCAAGAUUUCUAGAAAAAGCUCUUCACAUAAACUCUUCGACAUCACUUAUUCACAGUUACAAAAGUAUUUUCAAUGGUUUUGUUGCCCUAUUGACCAAUGAUGAGGUUCACCGGAUUUCUGCAAUGGAAGAAGUUGUAUCAGUGUUUCCAAAUAGAAAAAAUCAUAUGCACACUACAAAAUCAUGGGACUUUUUGAAAUUUCCUCAAACGGUUAGCAGAGUGAAAAAUGUUGAGAGCAACAUCAUUGUUGGAGUAAUCGAUUCUGGAAUUUGGCCAGAAUUAGAUAGCUUUAGUGGUGUUGGAAUGAGAUCGCCACCGAGCAAAUGGAAGGGAUCGUGUCAUGGGCUACGGAAUUUCAAAUGUAACAACAAAAUAAUUGGAGCAAGGUACUACAGAAGAAAUGGCAAAUUCUCCCAAGAGGAUAUUAUUUCUCCAAGAGAUACCAUUGGUCAUGGAACUCAUGUAGCUUCAAUCAUUGCCGGAAAUCUUGUUAGUUCGGCGAACUUUUAUGGUCUUGGACAAGGUACAGCACGAGGAGGAGUCCCUUCUUCGAGGAUUGCGGUAUAUAAAGUAAUCUGGUCUGGUGGUUCUGAUGACAUGGACAUCAUUGACGCAUUUGAGGAUGCCAUCAAAGAUAGGGUUGACAUAAUAUCAAUUUCAAUGGGAACAGGUAUUAAUGCAAACUAUUUGAAGGAUUCGAUAACUGUUGGGAGUUUUCAAGCAAUGAGAAAAGGAAUUAUGACGAUAUGUUCUUCGGGAAACGAUGGUCCUGAACAUGGAACUGUCGAGAAUAUUUCUCCAUGGGUUCUUACCGUCGCAGCAAGUUCCACUGAUCGAAAGAUAGUCACCUAUUUGAAGUUGGGUAAUGCCCAGACAUUUGUGGGAAUUACAUUGAAUGCGUUUGAUGAGACUAAUUUCUCCACUUUGGUGUAUGCUGGUGAUGUUCCAAAUAUAAGAGAGAUGGUUUCUCGUAAUACAUCAAGACUUUGCCUAGACACAAAGUCACUAGAUGCUAGACUUGUAAAAGGUAAGAUUGUCAUUUGUGAUGAAUACAAUGUAGGGGACGCAGCCUUAACUGCUGGUGCAACUGGAAUGGUGAUACGAGGCAAUGAUAUCGCUGUCGAUUAUAGGACAUUUGCUCUCCCGGCACUUUUUGUUGGCAACAGGGAGUCAUUCGAACUCGGGAGAUAUUUGGUCAGACCAAGGAGUAUUCCAACUGCAAGCAUAUUUAAAAGUCAUGAAACAUUUGAUCAGUUUGCACCAUAUACUGUAUCCUUCUCAUCGAGGGGACCGAAUCGUAUAACACCUCAAAUUCUUAAGCCGGAUUUGUCUGCACCUGGUGUUAGAAUCUUGGCAGCAUGGACACAUAACAAUUCUCCUUCAUUUUCAGUGCUUGAUUCGAGAAGGGUAUCAUAUAACAUUCUAUCAGGUACGUCAAUGUCAUGCCCACAUGCUGCUGCUGCAGCCGCCUAUGUCAAAUCCUUCCAUCCAUCAUGGUCUCCGGCUGCUAUAAAAUCUGCACUUAUAACCACUGCCUCCGAGAUGAGUGCAAGGACAACUCAUUCACUAGAAUUUGGUUAUGGAGCAGGCCUAAUAAACCCUGUAGGUGCCAUUAAUCCUGGCCUUGUGUAUGAUGCAAAUCUAGCUGACUAUGUGCAGUUCUUGUGUGGGCAAAACUACACCAACAAACAGUUGAGCCUUAUUACGGGUGACAAAAUAGCUUGCACUCAUUAUGGGAGUAAAACUUCUUUAAAUCUUAACUUGCCUUCAUUUUCCUUCCCCAUCGUUCCGUCAAAUACUCCUUUUAAUGUCUCCGUUAAUAGGAGAGUUACCAAUGUUGGAUCAUUAAGAUCUACAUACAUCGCCAAGAUUCUUACUCCGCCUACAUUCACAAUACGAGUUGUACCGAGCACACUUUCUUUCACUAACGUUGGAGAAAUUAAGUCAUUUACAUUGAUUGUUGAGGGAAUAAUGAAUCAUGUGGCAGCGGUUUCGGCUUCUUUGUCAUGGAUUGGUAGCACAAACAAAGAAUACUUCAUAUCAUGGUAUCCCAACAAGUGGUAUCAGAGCGAGGCUGUUCGAGAGGAGAGAAAGCUGAAAAGAUUGGAUGAUCCUUCGAGAGUUAUUGACAAGUUCUAG